GACCGCAUGCAGCUGUGGCGCCAUCAGUCCCACCGGUACCACACAGAGAUGUUGGAUUUUAAAAAGCUAACAUUUGAAGUCAUUAAUGAGCUGAAAAAGGACCACCGCUUGAUGUCCAAAGUCCUGCAAGGAGCUUCAGUUCGAGUGGACCAAGCGGAGCAAGAACUAGACUAUGUGGAGAACCAGAAUUCUCCGCGGGCCUGUGCAAACCGGGCGGAGGAGGUGGUGGAGCAGGAGGCCUGGGGCCUGCAGGAGAGAGAGGAAGACGAGGACUGGGAGGAGCUGCAGUUCCGAGUCUUUGACUGUGUGGAAAUCCUUUCUAGCAUCAAGGCAGCGAAGAUCCUGAAGAGAAUGGGCAGCCCCAAAGGGAUGUGGACCAGAGACCCCAAGUCCUCCAAGGUUUACRUUUUUAACGGCACCUCAGGAGACUCGGUUUACCAGUUCAGCUCUGUACGGGACUUUUCCAGAUCCCUGGGUGCGUCUAGCAGCAGAACCAUCCAGCUUCCCUCUGAGUGGAGCGGCUCUGGAAGUGCUGUUUAUAACGGCUAUUUGUAUUUCAUACAGCGAGAGGCUGAUGCAAAUGUACAGGUGGUCAAAUAUGAUCUGCUGAGUGGUUCUGUGACAGAGACUGCCCUGUUCCCUGUGGAGAGCCAUUCUAGUCUUUACAAACUCAAUCCAGAAACAGUUGUGGACCUCGCAGCUGACGAUGAGGGUUUGUGGCUCCUCUUCUCCCCGAGUGACGAUGAACCUAACAUUAGCCUUGCAAAGAUGGAUGCUGCCACGCUUGAUAUUGAACAAAUCUGGGACACCCGAUGCCCACGGCAGAAUGCGGAGGCGGCCUUUGUUGUCUGCGGGACUGUCUAUGUGGUUUACAACACCCGUCUGGCCAGUCGAUCCCGGGUUCAGUGCGUGUUUGACGUCAACGACGUGCUGGUCAGCGAGGAGGCGCCUCUGCUUUAUUUCCCCCGGAGGUACGGAGCCCACGCUAGUCUGAAGUACAACCCUGAGGAGAGGCAGCUUUAUGGCUGGGACGAUGGCUAUCAGAUUAUUUACAAACUGUCUAUGAAGAAGAAAGUCUUGGCUUAAACAACAGAGAAGUGACAUUGCUGUACAGAACUUGAACAUUUACUUCAAACUGAAUCAUUCAUGAAAUGUCUGCAUAAAAACAGAUCAGGUCAUUGAACCAGAAAGACUGAAAAUGUUUAUUUUUGUUUUUGAUAUGUUCUACAAAUGAGACUACCAGACACAGAGGGCUUGGUUUUAAUGGUGGAUCCAUGUGUAGCUUAUUCACUGAGACCACCCUGGUCUCAUGUGACCGUGAUAAGGACACGGAAACAACCUGAGAUAACCAAAACUGACGCRGUCCGAUAUAGUCUUACCAGGACAGGUCUAAAGACCAUUGUCUGUAUGCAGGAAAGUGUUCUGAGGAUGYAGAAAACAGUAAAGACCUCCCCCCCGGUCCAUCUGGUGAACACUGUGAGAAGAGCAGAACCACGACUGUCUUCAUGAGGGAAGUUUUUCAGAUUUGCUCUCUGCACUAUCCACAUGGUCAGCUUGUUUGCAUAUGCACUAAAAGCACUUCUGGAUGACAGAAUAAUGCACUCAAAUAAUUAUUUCCAUCCCUAAUUAUG